UUUCCUCGGAAAAUAUUUUUGGUUCGUUGUCAGGCUCCGUGACCAAAAUUUUUCUCUCAACCACAACAGUCAUUCAACGAAGGGGGCGUGGUUACAGGAUCACUGAAGCGCCGCUGCCCGCGCACUCCGCCACAACAGUCAGCUGGGGAGAGGCAGGCGUGUGCGCGCGCGCGUGCCGACCAAACGGGAAGCAAAGCGAAAGGCGAGCAAGACCCCGUACAACGGCGCAGGCUACAAGUCGAGGAGAUUUCUACCCACUACAUCCAUUCCGUCCCCAUCAUGGCCGACCCAGCGGAUGCGGAGGGCGCGGGGGGCGCACGAGGCUUCGCCAGGCAGGGCGCGCUGAGGCAGAAGAACGUACACGAAGUGAAGAACCACAAGUUCAUCGCGCGCUUCUUUAAGCAGCCGACUUUCUGCAGCCACUGCACCGACUUCAUCUGGGGUUUCGGCAAGCAAGGCUUCCAGUGUCAAGUAUGCGGUUUUGUGGUCCACAAACGCUGCCAUGAGUUUGUUGCUUUCUCCUGCCCUGGGGCAGACAAGGGUCCAGCAUCAGAUGACCCUCGCAGUAAGCAUAAGUUCAAGGUACACACAUACUCCAGCCCCACAUUCUGUGACCACUGUGGAUCUCUACUGUAUGGGCUCAUACACCAGGGGAUGAAAUGCGACACUUGUAUGAUGAAUAUUCAUAAACGAUGCGUGGAAAAUGUUCCCAGCCUGUGUGGAACAGACCACACCGAGAGGAGAGGACGGCUGUAUAUCACUGCUAGUAUCACAAAAAAUGUUCUCACUGUGACCGUCAAGGAGGCUCGUAACUUGGUGCCAAUGGACCCAAACGGCCUGUCAGAUCCAUAUGUGAAGCUUAAAUUAAUUCCAGACCCAAAGAACCAGAGCAAGCAGAAGACAAAAACCAUCAAGUGCUCCCUCAAUCCUACUUGGGACGAACACUUCAGCUUUAACCUCAAAGAUACAGAUAAAGACAGGCGUUUGUCAGUGGAGGUGUGGGAUUGGGAUCUGACCAGCAGAAAUGACUUCAUGGGGUCGAUGUCUUUUGGCAUCUCUGAGCUGCUGAAACAAGAUGUCAACAGUUGGUUUAAGUUGCUAAACCAAGAGGAAGGGGAGUAUUUCAACGUUCCAGUUCCACCCGAUGGAGAGGAGGGCGAUGAAGAACUGCGGCAGAAAUUUCAGAGAGCCAAGAUUGGCCCUGGCACUAAGAAUACAGAUGGCUCUUCAAAGAAUGACAUCUCUAAAUACGAUGCUAAUGGCAAUAAAGACCGCAUGAAGCUCUCAGACUUCAACUUCAUCAUGGUGCUGGGCAAAGGCAGCUUUGGAAAGGUGAUGCUUGCCGAACGUAAAGGCUCAGAUGAGCUGUACGCAGUGAAGAUCUUGAAGAAGGAUGUGGUCAUUCAGGACGAUGAUGUGGAAUGCACUAUGGUUGAGAAGAGAGUUCUCGCUCUCUCUGGCAAACCGCCCUUCCUCACCCACCUCCACUCGUGCUUUCAGACCAUGGAUCGUCUUUACUUUGUGAUGGAGUUUAUCAACGGUGGAGAUUUGAUGUAUCAAAUACAACAAGUGGGAAAAUUUAAGGAACCCCAUGCUGUGUUCUAUGCUGCAGAAAUUGCCAUCGGCUUGUUCUUUCUUCAUUCAAAGGGCAUUAUAUACAGAGAUCUGAAGCUGGAUAAUGUGAUGUUGGAUGCUGAAGGCCACAUUAAGAUUGCAGAUUUUGGCAUGUGCAAAGAGAAUAUGUUUGAUGGGGCCACAACCAAAACCUUCUGUGGCACUCCAGACUACAUUGCCCCAGAGAUCAUUGCAUAUCAACCGUAUGCCAAGUCUGUCGACUGGUGGGCGUAUGGAGUUUUACUGUAUGAAAUGCUGGCAGGACAGCCCCCUUUUGAUGGUGAGGAUGAAGAUGAGCUUUUCCAGUCCAUCAUGGAGCAUCAUGUGUCUUACCCAAAAUCCAUGUCCAAAGAAGCAGUGGCUAUAUGCAAGGGGCUGAUGACCAAGCAUCCAGGGAAGCGCCUGGGCUGUGGACCAGAGGGAGAAAGAGACAUUAAGGAACAUGCUUUCUUCCGCUACAUGGACUGGGAAAAACUUCAAAGCAAGGAAGUUCAACCCCCCUUCAAACCCAAAGCAAAAAAUCGACGUGACACAGGUAACUUCGACAAGGAGUUUACCAAGAUGGUGGUUGAGCUGACACCAACAGAUAAACUCUUCAUUAUGAAUCUGGACCAGAAUGAAUUCCAAGGCUUCUCCUACACCAAUCCUGAGUUUGUCAUUCAGGUUUAACAACAAAUCCAAAAGGAUUGCUCCAUUCAGGUGUGAGAGCAGGAGGCGCUUUUAUUACCCAGAAAGCAUUAUUUUGUCCCUGUGCAUCUUGGUUGUCCUCUCUCUCUUCACUUAAAAAGGCGCAAACCCAGCAGGAUCACACAGAACCAAACCAGGAUUAUACUCAGUCACAACCAAGGCCUCAGAAACUCUGAAUUGAAAUCGACAGAGGAGAGAGAACGGUUAUAAGAGUGUAUUCAUAGUCUCCAUGAGAAUGUCUUGUCUUUUCAUCUCCAUGAGAAUUAUCCUACCUCUUUCUUUACACAUUCUCUCCAUAUAUUCAGUCAGCUUUUUCCUGCAGCCCCUCAUUUCCAAAUGAAUAAACCUGACAACAUGCAUCACUAAUGGCUUUUGCCAGAGCUAAUUAAGCCUUACGCAACCUUUUAAGUUAAAAUCUGAUUUAAAUUAGUAAAGCAUUUUGGUAUCAAUUCAAAGUCAAGUUCCUGUGCAUGAGUAAGUGGUAGAUGAGCAAAUAUCCUUAAGAAUAUAUUGCUAGAUGUUCAUAUAAAUGGUUGAUGUCUUUCAGCUUUGUCUGAGAUUUCAGUACAAGCUUGCAUUAGCAUUAGCAUUACAGCAAAACAGUCAAAUAAUGACAACCAUAUGGCAUUUAGUUUUCUCCAAGCAUAAUGGUUUCUGUUCAUGAGAUGCUCUUAAAAAUGCAUUAUUUAUGAUAACUUGAAGCAAAUACAUAGGCCAUCAGGCUUGAUUUAGAAUUUACAUGCAACUCAAAAAAUUUGAAAAUCAACAUUUUUACAUGAAAACAGUUCACUUUAGUAGUCCCAGAAAUAUGUUGAUUGUUUUACAUAUCCUUUUGGUUUAUUAUGUAUAUUAGGAAUAUUGAAGAUCAGAAGUCUGAUAUUAAAACAAUCAGUUAAUGAGCUUAUUUGUGAAAGCAUCACAUUGAUUUUGAAGAGUUUUGAAUUCUGUGCUCUCUUUAUGACAUACUAAGUCAUACUUAUGAGAUAAAAGAGGUAAUUAUGACAUGAGUCAUAAUUAUGACCUAAAAAGUCAAAGUAACAUUUGUCAUAAUUAGGACUUUUAUGUCAUAUUAUCAACUUUAUACAUAAUAAUUAGGACUUUUCAUGUAUUUAAUCUUACAAUUUUGACUUUUUAUCAUUGUCGAUUCACAAUUUAAAAUUUUAUGUCAGAAUUUUCUUGGGAAUUCAAAAAGCAGUGACUGUAGCAUCAAAUAACUUGACAUAGAUGAAAAUAUGCUAAUGAAAAAAUGGAUAAUGAAUUAGGAGAUAUCUUUAAGGGCACAAAAAAGUGCAAUCGUAUGAUAAUGCAGACUUCUGAUUUGCAAAAUGAUGAGAAUUACAAAUACUGCCUGGAAAAUUUUAUAAUGCACUUUCAACUUUUAUUAUGUUUCAAGAGUUAAGUUUCAGCAAUUCUUUUCAUUGUAUUCAUGAACAGAUGACAGGUGCAUGCGGAUGCAAUCCUUGACAAAGCGCGUUAGUGCUGUUUAUUGAAUUGGCAUUAGGGGUUGCAUAUCAAUGGCUGCAGAGAAUGUGAUUCAUACUUUAUGAGCUGAAGAACUAUAACCAACAACUGAAACCCUAAUGUGCCAUAUAUUUUUGUGGGGGAAUCUGCAGUGUUUGGGGAGCUCGUAAUGUGCCAUGUGUCUGUGUUAAACAGACUCCACAAGGAGUUUUAGUCUACCCUAUGCAUGCCUGGUAGAGCCCUUGCUCUUAAACUCACUAUUAACUUAUUAACCAAGUGUGUCAGUACUGGUUGGAUCUGUUGUAGCAUAAAUCUUAAUAAGGGUUAUGGUGUGUAAACAUUUCUAUUUGUUUAUGUUUUAUUUUGUAAUUAGAUAUAUGAAAUAGAUAUAUAAGUAAUUCUAGUCUUCCAAAUGAAAACACAUUGUGUGAUCAUGUAAACAGUGAUAAGUAUCUGCUUUUCCUGAGGUGAUAACUGGAAAAAUGGGGAUAAUGUAUAAAUAUAUUGUAUAAUGUUUAUUGUAUAGUGUAUAUGGAGGAAAAUAUUUGUGAAAGACCUGUAGCCUGAACUAUAAAGACGUGAACGCUGGAAAUAAGGAUUGAAAAGCUGUUAUUUUAAAACAACUGUAUGUAAUUUUUAUUUUUUUUUUACCUUGAAACAUCAGUUUCAAAAUCAUUCUGAUGGUUCACUGACUUAUAAUAAAGCAAAUGGCUUCUGUUUCUU